AUGGCAGCAUGGUUAGGCCUCUCACACGACGAUGCAGCGGGCUGGUCCCUGAUCGAUACGGGCCGGAUGGAUGACAUCGUGCAGGACAUGAGCCAUCCCGCCACACAGUACCCGUCUGUCCUCUCGUUCCUGGGCAAUGACAGUCGGGUGACAGCCCUGCGUGCGCUCUUUCCCCAGAACAAUGUUACCCGACGAGGACCAGCUGGCCUGGUCCGGUUGCAUCUCAGUACCACGACCGCCAAUACCGAGCAUCCAGUGUGGUUCACCGAGAGCAGUUUCGCCCGCCCACCGACGGUUGACGGGUCCUCCAUAGCACCAUCCGCCGACCGUUCUCGACGGUAUCCGGUUCGACAAGACCGACUCGAAACGCCGUGCGACAUCAAAGACCACCUCCUCACGAGACUGGUGUUUCCGUGGACGCACGUAGCGUGCUUCUUUGUGGACGGAGAGAACGAGUUGAAGACCGUGACCAGCUGGUUGGCGGCAACCCACGAAGGUGUUCAUGCUAGCCCUUCGGACAAACCAGGCCCGGUGCGAAUCAUAUUGAUCCUGACGGAGCCAACCGCGACCUACAACGCCGACCCGGUGGAGACGGAGUUGCCCGGUUCAGACGUCGCGGGCGAGGAACGACCGACACUAUCGGUCCUAGACCUGCGCGGUCGUCAUCAGUUGUCGCCCUCUGCCCUUUAUGCCUCACUACAGCGUCUCCUACUGGACGGGCUUCAGGACAGCCGGGCGGAGCUCAUACAGCAGGGGCUGCUCUUCUCCGCCGUUCAUCUCAAGUUCAUGUGGAAUAGGUGCCUUGGGCAAAGUCUUCUACACCCGGAUACCCGAAUCAAUUGUCUCUCCAUCGCUCGGGAACGGCUGCCAGUCCCGUUUGCGUUCCACGAUGGCCUCGCGGAGCUGCUCGGGGAGGCGUGCAAGAUCGGGUGUCCGAUCCAUGACCUCCGUCAGUUUGUAGCGUCGGCUCUCCUGAUGGACGCCUACCCUCCAGGGAUGCAUCGUUUCCGACCCCAGCACGUCUUUGAUAGCUUGUAUCGGGAUCUUUGGCUGACGGCACCGGAACUGGACGAAGGCCCAGACUGGGCCCACCAGGGUGACGCUAUUCGGGAUGCUUUCAUCGACAGUUUCGCCCAGAUGGGCCCCCUGAGAACCUCGCUCACAAUCCGGAAAGAGGCACUGAGGUGCUUCGGCGCACAGUGGCCCGACCUCACGUUACCCACGAUGUGCCUGUUCUGUCUCGGCCGACCCGCGGAGCCGAAUAUCACCAUGAUCUCUCGCAGUGUCCCCUGUGUCAGGGUGUCGUCGAACGCACGGUUCGGCAGUUACCACCGACCAAGCGGCCCGUCGUGCUCGCACUGGAUGGAGGCGGGAUCCGUGGCAUCAUCACCCUCGGCCUCCUGCAAGAGCUGGAGAGACGGCUCGCGGGCAGCAUCGUACUGUCCGACAUUCCUGAUCUGA